AGACAAGAGUAGUGGAGCGUGGAUCGCAGGGAUCUGUGAGCAACAGGCGAGAGCAGUGAAUCGUGGAUCGCAGGGAUCUGUGAGCGACAGACAGGAGUAGUGGAGCGUGGAUCGCAGGGAUCUGUGAGCGAUAGGCAGAAGCAGUCGAGCGUGGAUCACAGGGAUCUGUGAGCGACAGGCAGGAGUAGUGGAUCGUGGAUCGCAGGGAUCUGUGAGCAAACAGACGAGAGCAGUGGAGCGUGGAUCACAGGGAUCUGUGAGCAGGGAUCUGUGAGCGACAGACAGGAGUAGUGGAGCGUGGAUCGCAGGGAUCUGUGAGCAGGGAUCUGUGAGCGACAGACAGGAGUAGUGGAGCGUGGAUCGCAGGGAUCUGUGAGCAAACAGACAGGAGUAGUGGAGCGUGGAUCGCAGGGAUCUGUGAGCAAACAGACAGGAGUAGUGGAUCGUGGAUCGCAGGGAUCUGUGAGCGACAGGCGAGAGUAGUAGAUCGUGGAUCGCAGGGAUCUGUGAGCGGCAGACAGAAGCAGUGGAGCGUGGAUCGCAUGGAUCUUGAGCGACAGGCAGGAGCAGUCGAGUGCAGAGAACACCAUCGCCUCAGCAACCGUUGUCCAAUCAGAUCGCGGCGUCGCGUUGCUAGGGGAAACUUUCCCUCCUCCCCCCCCCUCGACCCCCUUCGCCGCUUCGGAGUCGGUGCAAACCGCGUCCGACCAAUGGGAAGCCGCCGUUCGCCCCCCACGUGAUGCACAGCUGACCAAUGGAGACGCGGCAUCGUUAUAUUAUUUUUUGUUGAAUGUUUCUUCCUCUUCGGGCCUCCGUCCGUUUGUGAGGGUGAUAGGCCUCCACGCGCAUGACUCAAGGGAGGAUCGAGAGCGGGCGAGGAGAGUUGAGGGGAUCAGGAGCCGGCGUCUGCCAUGACAACGAGGCUGGGGGACCGAAGUCCCACUCCACAUUCCCGGCACCAGGACGAGGCAUCCGUGCUGGAGUUGUACCGUCUAGGCCGCGUUCUCGGCCGUGGUAGCUUUGGCUUGGUCGUGGAAGCCGUGAACCUGGCAACCGGGGAAAAGUGUGCGGUGAAACAACUCAACAAGGACAAGGCGGGCGGUGUGGGAGUGCAGCUGCUGGAGAGGGAGGUGACCAUCCUGAAGAAGGUGCAACACUCCAACAUCGUUCGUCUCUAUGAGGUUCUGGAGACCCCCAAGCGUGUGUUUCUAGCGAUGGAGCUGUGCGAGCUGGGGGAGCUGCGCUCGCUGCUGGAGCAGCACGGAGCACUCGCAGAGUCCACGGGGAGAGGCGUCGUGCGUGACGUCACCAGCGCCAUCGCCUACCUGCACCAGCACGACAUCGUCCACCGUGACCUCAAGCUGGAGAACAUCCUGGUGAAGGCCGGAGGAGUGGACGGGGCAAACGAGAUGAGGUUUGACGUGCGGGUGACUGACUUUGGUCUCUCGGUGGAGGUGGGGGGAGUGGGGAGUGAGGCGCUGCUGCAGGCGACGUGCGGAACUCCCCUCUACAUGGCUCCGGAAGUGCUCCUAGACCACGACUACAGUCAGCAGUGCGACCUAUGGAGCAUCGGCGUCAUCGCGUUCACCCUGCUGUGUGGCGACGCGCCCUUCAAGGGCGACAGCCGGGAGGAGCUGUGCCACUCCGUGUGCUUGGGCCAGCUCAGCUUCUCGGGGCCACCGUGGGGCUCGGUCAGCGACGCCGCCAAGGAUGCUGUGCAGGGCCUUCUCAAGGUGGACCCAGCCCACCGGCUCACCGCGAGGGAGCUCCUCGACCACCACUGGAUCACGGGUGAGGCGACGGGCAGCGCCCACCGUCACAACGUCCUCGAGAUGAUGCGGCUCUUCCUCGACGAGCCCGGCGACUCGCCCCGUUCGCCCUCGACGACCUCACCGCUUCCCAUCCGGUACCACCACCACCACCAAGGCGGCGAUGACGGCGACCGCGGGAGCAGAGGAGGGGGGGACGGCAGUGACGACGAGAAGCGGCGCGACCGGGCAAAGCGCGGCGGCGGCGGCGGCAGGAGCGGCGGCAAUGCCAUCGGCGGCAGGAGCGGCGGUUUCGACGGCGACGGCAGCGGCGGCGGCAACGCCGGCAGAAAUACCGACAGGCGCAGCGACAGCGGCGUCGCCGGCAAGAGCAGCAGUAUCCACAUCGGCAGCAGCAGCAGUAGCAGCAGUCGCAUCGGGAGCAGCAGCUGCUGGUAGGAAACCCCUGGGCCUGUCUUUGUCUGUGGGGGGCUCAUGGUCCUCUCCUGCCAACCGAACCGCCGCACUCAGCCAGAGACGCGGGGAGGAGGUGAGGACGCCAGCGUUCAGGACGCUGUCGGGAAGCCGAUCCUAUUCAAUGCGGCGUCCAUUAUGUUCGUCGUCAUCAUCAGCAUCAUCAUCUUCACCAUCGUCAGCAUCAUCAUCGUCAACAUCGUCACCGUCAACAUCGUCGGCAUCAUCAUCGUCGGCAUCAACAUCAACCCGGAGCGGAGAGACGAGGAGGCGAGUGGAGAAGGAGCCUGCCCUACCACCCGUCACCCCACGGAGAGGAUGCGUUGAGAGACACUGAGCCAGCACUCCUGGGUGCCUGGGUUCGAGCCCUGGGUCUGGGUGUCUCUCUCUUACAUGGGGUUCAUAAUGGCCGUGUCAGAGACACUGGGUCAGCACUCCUGGGUGCCUGGGUUCGAGCCCUGGGUCUGGGUGUCUCUCUCUUACAUGGAGUUCAUAAUGGCCGUGUCAGAGACACUGGGUCAGCACUCCUGGGUGCCUUGGUUCGAGCCCUGGGUCUGGGUGUCUCUCUCUCUUACAUGGGGUUCAUAAUGGCCGUGUCAGAGACACUGGGUCAGCACUCCUGGGUACCUGGGUUCGAGCCCUGGGUCUGGGUGUCUCUCUCUCUUACAUGGGGUUCAUAAUGGCCGUGUCAGAGACAUUGGGUCAGCACUCCUGGGUGUCUGGGUUCGAGCCCUGGGUCUGGGUGUGUCUCUCUUACAUGGGGUUCAUAAUGGCCGUGUCAGAGACACUGGGUCAGCACUCCUGGGUGCCUGGGUUCGAGCCCUGGGUCUGGGUGUCUCUCUCU